AUGUCUGGUAAGGAUCUGCCUUACAACAGGCCUACAAGCCCUCAGUCCAGCCUCUCUCAGCCUAUUGCUGACAGUCUGAGCACUGAUGGAGGGAUUGUGUGUUCCUGGUGUGACUCGGGCAAUUGUUGGGCCAUCCUGUACCUGUCACGCAGGUGUGAUAUUUGGAUGUACCGAUCCUGUGCAGGGGGAACACUACAGGCUUGGGACGUUGGAGGGGAGAGGUCAAUGCUGUGGGGCCAAGGGAUCACAGGGCAAGGGUCGGGCGGAGCUCCUUCGUCCUCGAAACACCUCCUGUAUGGACGGUCUCCUCACGGCCCGCUUCGUCCUCCUGAGGGCAGAAUAAAACACAGAGUUCUCCGGGCCAAGCUGGAGACGGGCUGCAUCACCUCGCCACAAGGUAAGUAUUCUCUCUCUCCUAUGUACCACUAUGUGUUCGAGCGUGCAAGGGCAUUCAAGACGUGUUGGGGCAUUCCAGACGUGUACAGUACGGGUGACACUGGAGGAAGUGGAAGAAAGAAAGGUAUACGUCACCACAUCGCCAACGGAGCCAGAACCCGGAGCGGGGGGUCCCUCCUGAUACUGCGGGCGGCACGACGGCGCCUCGCUAUCCGUGGGUUCCAGCUAACGGGAUCCACACGUCCUCUUCCCUUUUUCCUAGGAGAAAAUGACUUUGUAGAGGAAGCCCAGUGUUUUAGUGGUGAUGGUGAAACAACGGAAACCAUUCCAGUUUUAGAUGCAAGCAUGUCAUCACUAGACAUUCAAGAUGACAUUGAUGAAGAUGUCUUCAAUGACAUCAGGAAUUCUGUCAUUGACUGGGCAGUGUAUGAAGAUCCAGAAAACAUUUCACCCUCAGAGGAAGAGGAGACAAUAGAGGACAGCUUUUCUGAUGAUAGUGACGAUGAGGAUUAUAUGCCUCCAUUAUGCAUAAGAAACAGUGGGGUCGUUACAACUGGAAUACACCUGGAGGACCUUGAGGCCAUAGGCAUGGAUGAGACUGUCCACGAUUGUCCUGAUAACGAACCACCAGAACCGACCACAUUGUUUGAAAAAGUUCAGAUUGUGGAGGAAGGGGACAUUGUUGGCGAACCUGCAGCCAUAACCUAUUUAAUUUGUUUAAAACGUCUUGCGGAGUACCUCUUAUUACCAAUUCCACUGUGCACAGCCAAGGACCCACUGACUUCUGUUGAGUGUCGGGCUCCUGGACCUUUCAGGAUUGAUUGUAAAGUGAGAGGUACAGCUGUCAUUCUUCAAUGGGUAUGUCCCAAUGAGCACUGUGUCUGGCAAUGGAAUUCGCAGCCUACGUUCAAGUUUGGAAUGCAGGCAGGGGACUUUAUGCUGGCAACCAACAUUUUAUUGUCAGGAAACAAUUUUGCCAAAAUUUCCCUACUGUUCCAAUUCAUGAACAUGAAGAUUGUUGAUCGCGCCACCUUCUUCAGAGUGCAGGAUGCGUACUGCGUUGACACUAUAAGAGAAUUUUGGCAUGACUGCAGAAGUACCAUAAUCUCAGGGCUUAAGUCAAAGGACAGUGUUGUAGCUCUGGCCGAUGGUCGCAUGGACAGCCCUGGCUUCUGUGCUCAAUUUUGCACAUACACAGUAAUGGAAAAUGACACAAAACAAAUCAUUUCUGUAGUAAACAUUGACAAGCGAGAGACCAAAAGAAUUUCCGUGAAUAUGGAGAAGGAAGGCUUCAUAAGAAGUUUUGACAAGCUUCGACAGGAGGUGAAACUGACCGAAAUCUGCACGGAUGCUCAUAUUCAGAUAUCGGCUCUCUUCAGUAAGUCUAUUUAUGUUCCUUUACUUAUUGACUUCACUAAGCGGAAGUUUGAAUUUUUAUUCAGUGGUAUAGCUAUUGCUCCAACACUUUGAUCAAUGACAACCACAUAGUUAGCAUUUGAUAAGGGUAUUGUUCUGCCACAGUGUGUAAUGUGUUAUAUACA